AUGUUUCUCAUCAAUUUUCGCAGUAACUCUCAGACUAUUACUGAUACAAUCGCUUCUCUCCCACACAAUGAGGAAAUCUCCGACCUAGGUAAGGCCCGGUUCACAAUUUGUCCUGGAUGGUUAGAGCAUUCGGAUAGUCCAUCCAAUUUGGCCAAAUUUCUCUCUCGUCACUGCCUUGUUGCCUUUGGACCUGACUUUCUUCUGCUCGACAAGCCUGCUGGAUUGGCCUCUUGGCGUCGAGUCGAUGGGCAACGCCUCUUUAAACCUCCACCUGCACUCUCAAAAUCUUCUAAGACUAGUGGACCUCCGGUAAUGGUAAGUUUGCUGUCAGGUCUAAAUAAAUAA